AUGAAUGAAUUAUCGAAAAGUACCCUUACCCAGAUCCACCAUUCAAACCGCCUAAAAGAUCGUACUACCGCAUCAUUCUGGCACGUAUCAACAUCAAUACAUUCAAACAAUGAUCGAUCGUGUGCAACAUCAUAUUCAAUAUGUUUCCACAGCAAUGUUAGCCAGUCAUUAAAUAUACAAAACUCAGGUUCUGACGAACUACCAAAUGAACAGCAACCAAGUCUUAUUGAUAGUUAUGCAUCAUCUACAGAUGUAUCUGAUUCUCCACAACAACUAUCAAAUGAUACUAACUAUUGA